GUUUUCAGCUGGAAGCUAUCUGAAUUAUUCCUAAAAUAAUGCUCCAGUUUCGAAUCUUUAUUCUACUAAUGCUGUUUGCCGAGGGGUUUUUCCAGAUGCUGUUAAAAAAGAACUACGAAGUCCGAUUUAUAUCCGUAGACUAUACGGGUGGAACCGAUUACAUUGAUGUAAGCAAAAUUCGAUUUUUGGGUCGCGAACGUUUAGCCAAUGGUACCGUCGAGAUGAAGAAAGAUUUCAGUGAUGAGUUGUACUCGGUGUCGGCUGAGAGCUUCAUUGAUCCCAAUGGUGAUGGCAACUACAAGAAGUUGCCAAUGUUCAUUCCUCGUCAACCCAUCUGCAAGGCCAUGGAAUCCAACUGGAAGUAUUUAGAUGCCUCUCUGAAGUAUGGAGUAAAUUCCGAUUUUCCUGCCCACCUACAUCCAUGUCCCAUACCGAAGGGAUUAUACUACGUCAAAAACGUAUCCCCGAAAACGGAUGAUUGGCCUGUCAUAAUGCCACGGGGCUUUCUUAAGGCAGUGAUGACCUUAUAUGACGAAGACAAAGUUGCCGGCACAUUUGAAGUAGUGGUCCAAAUUUCGGAUCUUUCUUAAUAACAAUGUUGAGUCGUAUUUUUCUGUACUAGGUUUUUUAUGGGGCUGAAAUAAAUUCGUUGAAUAUAUAUAUUUU